AUGAGCUUCGUGCCCAUUAACCCGCGGCCUAUGCUGCAAGACCUGUACGUCCUCCCCGCCGAGAACGCGACCUCGCGCCGUGCACCUGAAUCUCAUCCGCACCUCAUCGCGACCGACAACGGACAGCUUGCUAACAUCUCUCCCCUUUGCAGUGUCAACCAGGAUGUCGUCGUCAGACUCAAGUGGGGCGAGACCGAGUACAAGGGCAAGUUGGUCAGCAUCGACAGCUACAUGAACGUCCAGCUCAGCGGCGCCGAGGAGUACAUCGACCAGAAGAUGACGGGAGCUCUCGGUCAAGUUUUGAUCCGGUAUGCAACAUCGUUUGGGAAAGCCCCUUACAUGGACAACCAGCUGACGCGCUACAGGUGUAACAACGUCCUCUGGAUCCGCGGCGCGAAACAAGGCGAGAACGGCGACGUCAAGAUGGAGGGCUGA